AUGGCAGGCCCGCUCCUGCAUUCUGACCCCAGCUCUUCACGUCGUCGUUGGUUGGUGGCUGUACUUGGUUUUGCUGUUCUCGCUACUAUCAUCGCGACGGCUGCUCACUAUCGACAAAAUUACUCCGGCGAGCUUGCUUUUCCAGUUCCGGAUGGCCACAGCGGGUUUUCUAAAGACCUACAGGUGAAGGAAUUCAUCAAGCCCCAAGGGGUCAAGAUCAUUGGUUUCGUCUUUUUUGGCAGGAAGAGUCGCGUGGAGAUUUUGCGAUGCUUUCUCGAACGGAAUUUAGUUGACAAUGGAGGCUGGCUCGACGAAAUCCACUGGGUCAAGAACACGGGCAAGAAAGACGACCUGGCCUAUCUCAAGGAGAUUGUUGACUCGUCUCCGCGCUACAAGGUCAUUGAACUCAAGGGCGUUGGCUUUGAGGGCUAUGGUCACGCUUGGGGUAAGCUUGAGCGUGGGAAUCUCUAUGUCAAGAUCGACGAUGAUGUUGUCUGGUUCGCCGAUGACGCCAUUCCUCGCGUCGUUAGUAUGAAGCUUGCUCACCCGGAGUAUCUCACUGUUAGCGCCAAUGUGAUCAACUCACCAUUAAUGGGCUGGGUGCAUUAUCAUAUGGGCGCAAUGCAUCCAUAUCUUCCAGAGUUCGACGUGUAUGAGCCACCGCUACUUGACUCGCUGCCCAAUCCCAGUGCUCGAAAGCCAUGGCAAUACGACCAAUAUCCGACCUGGACUGGACCUGAUGAUUACUUCUUUGACCCUUUUCAAGAUCCACCAUAUGACGGUCAUCGUUGGCUACGCAUUCCAAACAACACCGCCCUCCAUCGCACACCGGUCGUUGACAUCGAAUACAAGACAUGGGGAACAGGUCUUAAAUCAUGGGCCAUCGCCGCCCAGGAACAUUACUCCUUCUUGGAGAAUCUGGCCAAUAACCGUCUUGAUGUGUACAAGAUGGGCAAAGCUUGGAUCACAGAUUAUCGACGGUUGAGCAUCAAUUUUAUUGCGAUCAUGGCAGAUGAUGUCCUUGACAAUCUACCCAUGGAUACUGUGGACGAGGAGUGGCUCACCGUUAAUUUACCCAAGAGGCUCGGGAAGAGCGUGGCUGUAGAAACAGAUGCGCUUGCAGUGCAUUUCACAUUUGGUACACAGGGCAAAGUCGAGAAGACGGACCUCUUACCAAGAUAUCAUGAUUACGCACUGGAAAAUGCAUGUGCAAGAAGAGUGUAA